GGUAAUCUAGUGAUUAUUGAUCAAUAGCAUUAGGUUCAUUAUAAAUACUCAUAAUUUCAUUUGGCUUGGCUAAUAAAUAUACUAUAUUAGAGUUGGUAUGCAUGUUAUCAGACAAUUUUUAUAGCUUAAAUACUUUGGAUUAUAUAUAAAAUUAGGCGGCCAAACUAAAGUGAAACAUUCUGCGACCCUAAAGAAUCUUAAAUCAAGCAUAGUUCCAUAAGUUAACGUGCAUUAUGUAUCUUAUAUCCAAGUAGGGUAAAUACGUACACACCACAGUAAUAUGACUGAGGUGAUGAAUAACCUUCUCCAGCAUGAGAUAUUGAGACGUCUUCGUCAUCAGCAAAGAUUCACUAAACUUAUGCAAAGAUGAUUUUGGAAAAUAAAAUCUGAAGGAGAAUCAAAACUAAUGUUUAAAAUACAUAUAAGUUUCUGUACCGAGCUAAAUUUAAUCUGAAACAUAAUUCUAGGUCAUAUAAAUUGUCCUUCUGUAGCAUUCAAUAAGUUGCCUAUGACUUUUUUUGACAAAGGGUUUUCUCAAUACCUAUGACUGUAAUAAUUAAAAACUAUUGGAACUCAGUUAAAAAGUAGUCAUUUUAUCAAAACUGCGAGAGACUGCCUUCACUUUAUAAUUUUUUUUUUCCAGUUCAACGUAGCCACUUGCUCGUGGCCAAUGUAGCUAUCAGAUUUAUUAGAUGCUAAUCCUAUAACCCAAAAAAAUUGUGGAGCUGAAUGUCACGCACCGUUUUCACGUGACGGUUCGUGACCGCCGCACGGUCUUCCGCAUGAAACACUCUCACUGUUAAAAAAAACAUAAAGUGAUAAAACUAAUAGCGGUUUUGAGGACGCGAAUAUAAUACCAUACAUUUAUCAUGGCCAAUGGUUUUUCAUAUGAGUUACAGUAUCUAUUGGCUCGACAAAAUUAAAAAUCAGUGGAAACUGUACUUUAAAAUUGCAACUUGAUCUUCUUCCCACACACAUGAUUUUAAUUAUUGUACAUAUAUAAGAAACACACAGUAUUUCUUAUUAUUAUAUUAUUAUUCAAAUCUGAUCUUAUUAUUGUGCACUUCACGGGAUUGCAUAAGAAUUAUGAAUCUCCCAUUAGUUCGUCCUGUGAUCCAUACAACAACAAAAUAUUGAUAUAAGAGUAUGUAUGUUUAUUCUGGUAAUAGAUCUGUAAAGUUGUUGUUGUUUUGGUUUUUAUACAAGGAAAAAGAUAGGUUAUUAAAUAAAUUUUCUUGUCGGCAGUUAUAAACUUUUGCAAUAUAAUAGAUCCUGUAUAUUUUUUUUAGAAAUGUACAACAAUUCAACUAUUUAACUCACCAAAAUGUUUUUUUAACCAGUCCUAUAUGACAGAAAAAGAAGAUAACAAGACAUGCUUCGUGAAAUAAUUAUCAGAUGUGUGACUGUGACCUACUAAGAAUUGAUAGAAUAUGUAACAGCGGAAAAUAACUAAUUGUAAAGUAAUGUAUCUGAUAAUCUACAACUGUAUUCGAUUACAAGUAUUAUUAAUUUUUAAAAAGAAAAAAAAUUAUAAGGAAUAUAUAUGAUUAAAUAUUAGACAUGAUCAUGCAAAGAUAUAUAUCCCAAAGCACCGACAAUAUGAUUUAAACUCAUUACUUGUCUAAGCCUAAUUACAUCGACAAUGCUUAAAAUUACAAUUGUAUGUUCCUUUGUAUGUGUUAAAGAUUUUUUUUUUUUUGAGAAAAUGUAUGUGUUAAAGAUGCGGAAAGACAAACAAGUUUCAUGUAUGUGCGUUAUUAGUAACUAAUAAAAAAUUACCGGACGUAGCUUACAUAAAGCUAAUACAUAUAGAUUACUAAGACUAAGCCUAUUAGCAUCUCCUAAUUACUCGAAAAGCGCAUCUGUAAAUAGUCUUACAAAAAUUGUCAACUUGGUAAAUUAAUAAUAGCACCUCCAUACUAAUUUUCUUCACAUAUGCGAGUCUUGUGGCUCACUUCGGAGUCCUCACACUGGCUCCUGUAUAAGUACAACUCUCGGACACACUUAGUCCCAUAGAUAAUCACAUCCUUAGCUAAAUAAUCACACAUUAAUUCAACAUCGAUUAGGGUUUAUCAACUUGGAGAUCAAUGGAAUCCAACAGAUCUUUUUCUGCAGCCCUCUUCCUAUCUCUUAAUCUCAUGUUUUUUGCGUGUGUAAAUGGCUGCAACACUUGCUUGCCACCUAAGCCAAUCCCAAACCCUAACCCUAACCCUAUAAGCAAUCCUACAAAACAUAGCUGCCCAAGAGACGCCCUAAAACUCGGAGUUUGCGCCAAAAUUCUAGACGGUGCAGUCGGAACUGUCAUCGGAAACCCACCAGACACACCUUGCUGCUCAUUCCUUCAAGGGCUCGUCGACCUUGAAGCUGCCGUUUGUCUUUGUACCGCCAUUAAAGCUAACAUUCUGGGGAUUGACAUUGAUAUUCCUAUCUCCUUGAGUUUGCUCAUCAAUACUUGCGGCAAAAAGCUUCCCUCUGAUUUUAUUUGUGCCUGAUGAGUGUAACUGCAUGAGAGAUCCAGUAGUUUGAUUUGUUUGUACUUUUUUUCUUCUGUUUGUUUAGUCGGUCCUCGUCUAAUUCAGUCCGCAAGUUGUUUUUGGUUUUUGUCUAAGAGUUUCGUACUUUCGUUGAUGUAAGAUUUUAUAUGUUUCAUGCUAUUAGUUCACAUGUGUUAACGGCGGCGUGCAACUACGUAUUCUGAUAGCUUAAAUUUCC